AUGGCACGAAUGAUGUUCCAGUUUUUUAUCAGUUGUGAUAGAGUCAUGGCAGCCUUCUUCCCAAUCGAGUAUCGGGUUUAUCACUCCAAAAUACCAAUCUGGUUAUUUUUCUUGUUCUCCUUGGCUUCUGGACUUUUCCAAGACUUUGUAUUUUUUAACUUAUGUAAUUUUGUGAUUUAUGUUCCAAAAAAUUGUUUGGCUCUUGGUUGUGUUAUGAAUGUAUGCUUCAAAACUUUCUGGUCCACUUAUCAAACGGUCAUCUUAUCUACUAUUGUUUUUUUCUCAACUGCGUUUUGUGUCCGUCUAUUUUUAUGGAGCAAGUCUGACAGCUCUUUGACUCAAGCCAAUCGAUUAGCAAUCAUUGACGCUGUGACCACAUUCUUUUGUCAAUUCAUUCCUCCAUUUUGUGUUAGUCUAUGGCCGGAUUUUGAACUUUUCCAGUUUUCGUACGCUGGACCAUUCAAUCUAGUUGGAAAACUUGUGGGGAACACUAUAGAAUCUGCACUGAUGUUCAGAAUUAUGAGAAAAAAGUACGUGGAACAGAAGGCAGCAACAACAUUUGUAAUUAGAGGAUUCAGUCAUGGCACACACUCAUCGGACCAUCAUAGAUUCUGA